AUCGACGUGUUGGUGCUUCCUCGCAUCGAGAUGAGUACAGCUCAUUUGAAGGAUGAGGACAGCAUCAAUAUGCAGCCGGUUGACAUGGAUUUGACUUCACCCGAGCAGACUGAGCUGCCGGGUAGACCAGAGGCGCAGACCAUGAGGGUGUACCUCAGAGUCAGGCCCUUCUCCAAAGAGGAACUCUCUGACGGGGAGGAUCAGGGUUGUUUCGUGAUUGAAAACAACCAGACGGUGACACUGAAGGCACCAAAGGGUUCUGCCACCAUGAAGAGCAGUGAGAAGGGCAUCGGCAUGUCGCUCCACAAAUUCUCCUUCUCACAGAUUUGUGGACAAGAGGUGACUCAGUCCGAGUUUUUUGAGGACACUGUCAAACGCCAAAUGUCUGAUUUCUUGGAUGGAAAGAAUGCGCUGAUAUUUAGCUACGGUGUAACCAACGCAGGGAAAACCUACACAAUCCAAGGGACUCCAAAAGAGCCCGGCAUACUCCCUCGAGUGCUGGACGCCUCCUUCCACUACAUCGGGGGCCGUCUGUAUGAGGGGAUGGACCGGAAGCCCUACCUCAUGAAUGAUGCACAGUAUCUGGAUCUGGACCAAGUCAAGCAGGAGAGAAGUGCUAAAGCUGCCAUUUUUGCUUCAGUCAAAGAUGAAUGUGAUCCUCUCCGGGCCGGUGGUGUUUCAGAGUCCUCGUCUUCUCCCUCCACCCAUUUCUCUUCCUCCCCUUUUUCCUACGAUCAGACCGUGUUUGCAAGCGACUCACCAGAAGCAGGCAGCAGCCAGUUCGCUUUAUGGAUUGCAUUCUUUGAAAUCUACAAUGAGUGUGUGUACGAUUUGCUUCAACCCCCUUUGUGCUCAAAGUCCAAGCGACGUGCUGUUCUUCGUGUGUGCGACGAUGGUGUUGGAAAUGCUUACGUUAAAGAUCUCAAGUGGAUUAACAUCCAGACCCUGGGAGAAGCCUCCAGACUGCUCCAGUUCGGAAACAAAAACCGAAGUGCUGCAGCCACAAAGAUGAACCAGUCGUCGAGCAGAAGGCAAACUUUGUUUCGUUGUGUUGGUGCCAUUUCUGUUCUCAAAACUCAACCCUGUUUUCCUUACAGCCACAGCAUAUUUACCAUGAAGUUACUGAAGAUCGAUGGCAGUACGGUUGAAAGGAUCUCUGAGUUUUCUUUGUGUGACCUGGCCGGCUCUGAGCGAUGCAACAAAACCAAGACGUUCGGGGAGAGGCUGAGGGAGGCGGGGAACAUCAACACCUCGCUGCUCACUCUGGGGAAGUGCAUCACUGCCCUCCGAAACAAUCAGACUGACGGAAUGAAGAGCAGCAACAUUCCCUUCAGAGAGAGUAAGCUCACCAAGCUCUUUCAGGCAGUUUUCUGCGGCAAAGGAAGAGCGUCGAUGAUCGUCAACAUCAACCAGUGUGCUUCCACCUACGAUGAGACUCUCCAUGUGAUGAAAUUCUCUGCUGUUGCCAAACAGGUUAGUCUUGAAUACAUAACGGACAAGCCUCUGGAGUCUCCUACUCCUUGUUUGGUCGGCCGUGACGGCAAGCCUCUGAGUAAUGGGCUGAUUGACAGCCAGGCCCUGGAGAGCUACCUGUCUGAGGAGGAGCUGCUGGAUGAGGAAGAUGAGGCGAACAUGUCUUUGCUGCCACAGAAUGAGCUUGUGAAUAUGAUUGAAAGCCUGCGAAUCAAACUCCUGGCUGAGCGAAGAAGAAACCUGGUUCAGGAAAUGGAGAUUCGGAAAGAAAUGGGAGAUGCCAUGUUACAACAGCUCAUGGAGAGUGAAGAGCUCCGCAUUGGACAGAUAGAGGAGCAGAAGGAGAGCUACCAAGAAAAGCUGGAGAACACGUUUGAGAUGUACAAGGACGCCAUCAAAGAGCAUGCCUACCAGUGUGCUAUGAACAAUCUGGAGGACGACUUUGUUCCUCUCGAGGAGUUCAUUGCUGUACAGGAGAAAGUGGAGGCCCUGACUCGUAAAAUGUCAGAGUUGGAAACCGUGACCAAUAUUGAACGGGGAUUGUGUGCAGUACCAACAGUGGACCAGUCGAGCCAGACUCAACCAUCCAAAUCGACGGAAGCAAGAGCGGAAGAUCGCGGCAAAUUGCUGUACAAAGAAAAAUGUGCCCUCGAGAAGAUGUGCGAGGAUAAACAACAGUUGAUUUUGUCAUUAGAGAAAAGGCUGAUGGAGCUGAGUGAAACUCUUCAGAAGGUCAGAGAUGGCUUCCUGGAGAAAUCUGUUGCUGUGGAGGUUUUGCAGAGGAAAUGUGAUGAUCAGACGAAAUCCAUGGCCGCCAUCCGACAGCAGAGCGUUGAACAGGACCGGGAGAUUGCCUCACUGAAAGCAGAACUUGCCACGUUCUCCCAGAACUCUCCUGUGAAGCCCAAAACCAAGCGAGGCCUGCUUGCCAACAUCAAGGAAGCGGUUUCUUCUCCACGGACGGGCACACCUGGGCGACCGCAAAGGAAAAUGGUCAAGACUGCACACCACUCGGCAGCAUCUGGACAAAAGGAGAGGGAUUAAACAUGGACAGUUUUAGGGUACCUGGAAAUGAAACCGCAAGUGUGACCCUUUAUUUUAUUCGGGUGUAGUGUAUUUCUAAUGUUUCUUUUUUUUCAAAUUAAAU